GUGGGAGGUCAGGGAUGGCCCCGCAGGACUUUUGUGUGGGUGAACUAGCCUGGCGCCCUCCUACCUUGGCAGUUCCUUCCUGAAGCCCUUCCUCUCACGAGCCCCACGCAAACGACAGGGCUUAUAUUCGGGCAAUUACGGGCGCUUUGGUCGCUCGGCUGCCACUGGGCAUGCCCAGUCCCGGGUCACGUGAUGUCUGUCAUGGCCGCCUCCGUGGCCCGGGGAGGCGUGAGUGCUGGGCUGCUGCUGCGGGCGGCCAGGGGAGCCUGGUGGAGCCGGCCCGGAGGCAGUUGGGGGUCUGGGGAGGCGGCGGCGCCAGCGACAGCCAGAGGAUUCCGAGCGACAGGUACCUGGGGCGCCUCGGGGACUAGCGUUCAUCCGUCGGACCCCCGCAAGGCGCCGCGGGGCCGCUCACCGAACCGUUUUUCAGGCUCGCACCCGGCGGGGGAGGAGGAAGCUGGCGGCCCCGAGCGGCCCGGGGACGUGGUGAACGUGGUGUUCGUAGACCGGUCAGGCCAUCGGAUUCCGGUGAGCGGUAGAGUGGGGGACAAUGUUCUCCACUUGGCCCAGCGCCACGGAGUGGACCUGGAAGGGGCCUGUGAAGCUUCCCUGGCCUGCUCCACCUGCCAUGUGUACGUGAGCGAGGACCACCUGGACCUCCUGCCUCCUCCUGAUGAGCGGGAGGACGACAUGCUGGACAUGGCCCCCCUUCUUCAGGAGAACUCCCGGCUGGGCUGCCAAAUCGUGCUGACUCCCGAGCUGGAAGGGGCCGAAUUCACCCUGCCGAAGAUCACCAGGAACUUCUACGUGGACGGCCAUGUCCCCAAGCCCCACUGACGUGGGCAGCCGUCGUGGCCCUCGGGGCCAGGACUGGAAGAAUCGCCAAGCCGCCCGCCCAGCCCAGAGCGUGGACAGGCCCGAGAGAGAUGUUGGGAGCAGCCAGAAGCCCAAAGCCCCUGCUUCAGAUCCCAUGUCCAGGCUCUGGUUGGGGGGUGCGGUGGGGGGUGGGAGGGGCACCAGCCCCUGCCCGGGAGCCUCCCCCAAGCUCAGGAGAAUCAGUGUGUGGAUGGGGUGGAAUCUGACUGGAAUGACAAUAAAACUGUCUCACAGAC